UGACAAAGCGGUUUAGAGCUGACAGAAUAAUUGGCCUCGUUUUCGUCUUACAUCGAUUCACAGGUAACUGUAACCCGAACGGGGUCAGCACCAUGAAUAUUCUUUUAAGCAGUACAAAUAUAACAGCUGAAAAGUGUUGAUUGCAAGUACGAUACUGGGGCACACAGCGUGAGACGAGGGCCAUCAAUGCUCCCUUGGUCAGCUGCAGCCCUUUCGCAACAAACGGCAUCUUUUGACCAUCUCAUGCUGAUAUAUUACGAUGACUGACGUGUGCCGUCAAUAGCGGAUAAAAGGAGAACGCCCGCCGGUGUCGCCCUCUGGUUCAAAGUAACUUCCAGUAGGCCCCUAUGACAACGACAAGGCUAAACUUCACAUAGAGCUCAUGUAUAAUGGUUCGGAGGUGUUCACUGUGGAGUUUCGUCCCAGUGCGGGCUAUCCGUCAGUCACCACUGUCUUUGGUCUGUUAUACUUUGUUUGUGUUUGCUGUACUGAUGGUUUGGCUAGGAAUACGUCUACCACUAGGCAACAGUGAACAGAAUAAGGUUGGAGAGCUUGGCAACAAUAGUGGUCCUGCUCAGAAUGGGCUGGGUCAAGAUGAAUAUAAAGAGAAACAAAACAAAGCUGUGGUCAAACUGGACCUCAUGGGAUUAAAGGUGCUGCUGCUGCACCCUUGCCCAGGGAGACAGUUCGAAUGGAUGCGCAUCCGUAUUGAGCGGAUGUGGCUCCAGUGGCGGCAGGGUGCUAUAGAUCUUCUGAAGACUGGCCAACUGCAACACGUUAGGAAAAAGAAAAAGAUCCUGCUUUUUUUCGGCACACUUGCCGGAGUAACGAGACUGGACGAGCUCGCUUUCAAAGGCGGUCCACUUGGUGAAUUAGUACAGUGGUCUGAUUUAGUGACGUCAAUCUAUAUUCUUGGUCAUGACAUAUUCUUCUUCACUGAAUUAAAUCAACUUUACAGACAAUUGGCUGAUGAUGGUGGAGACGUUGAUCUUGACUGGAGCCAUCGACGACUGCCUUUUGACAUCAUCUUCACCGACAUCAACGGGUUAAAACUGAUGACCAGAUUCUUGAAAGUCGACACCAUAUCAGGUCCCAACAGGUGCUUAUUUCGUGUGCUGGAUUCUUUCGGAACUGAGGCCGUGUUUAAUUUUGGCCCCUACACCAAGGAGAAAAAACUGAACGGUUAUUGGAACCCUAUCGACUUGGAGCUGCAGCAAUUUUUUACAAUGUUCCCUCACACUGUGGACAAUUCCUUCAUGGGGUUUGUGAUAGAGAGACCAUCCGUGGACAACAACGGGACAAUAGAACGACACAAUCAAGCUUUAAUCUACGCAAAACGGGACGGAUAUUUCAUAGGUAAAAAGCCAUAUCUAGAUGUUAUCCACGAAUUUUUGGAAAUCCAUGCGACAUCUGCUAAGAUGGAGGGUUUUGACAAAGAAAACGUCACCUACACUCCAGAGUAUGCGGUGAACCACGGACUACUGCAUGGGCCAGAUUAUUACAAAUUACUUUAUCAGUCUAAGCUAUUCGUAGGCCUGGGGUUCCCCUACGAGGGCCCAGCACCUCUGGAGGCCAUUGCAGCCGGCUGUGUCUUCAUCAAUCCCCGGUUCUCACCUCCGCUAAGUCGCAAAAACUCUGCCUUUUUUAGCGGUAAACCAACAUUCAGAGAGAUAACAAGCCAGCAUCCCUAUGCAGAACAUUUUAUUGGAGAACCAUCCGUGUAUACUGUAGAUGUAAAGAAUUUAACUGCAGUUCGGGAAACGCUGAAAACGGUUCUUGCUCAAAAGAAGGUCCAUCCUCACGUGCCAUUUGAAUUCACAGAAGCGGGCAUGUUACAAAGAAUGAGCUUUUACAUCGAGAACCAGGACUUCUGUUCAAGACCUUACAGGAGUCACAUACCGGCCACAGACGUGACCUUCUUUCUCAGUGACCUCAGCGAGUCUUGUACCGACAGUUGCCAUAAACACGGUCUAACGUGUGAACCUAGUCAUUUCAACAGAACCAACAGUCCAGUCACCGUUCAGAAACUGAGCUUGCACUGCAAUAAAUCGACAUUUGGUGCUGAUCCAAUAUUCCCAUCUGUCUCUAAAUCGACGUGUAACUUCCAAAUAGAGGACAUGCUUUUCAGUUGUGCCGGAAGCGGUGCUGAUCAUCGCAGGAUAUGCCCUUGUCGGACGUUUAAGAAAGGGCAGUGGGCCCUGUGUGAAAGUUGCCAUUGAACACUAUUGAUAUUUAUUACGUAGCCUUUAGGCAAUUACUUUUUAUUAAUUUUUAUCAAUUUUAUCAAAUUUUCUUGUUGUAAAGGUUUUUAGCUUCGUGUGCACCUAUGUUCCUUGUCCAGUUUUAUUCACCACGGGGUGACCAAAAACUCUGUAAGAUACAGUUUCAGGUUAGUGUAGAAAAUGAAAGGUUUAAUCUUACAACAUAAUCAGUUUUUGGGCUUUAAAUCGAUCCUUAUUGCAAAAGCGGCUCCAGGCAACAUUCAGCCUAAAUAAUUUAGAUGCAAAAGGAAAUACAAUGACUUCUCAAUAUAGUAGCGGUAUAAGAUUUUCCUGUAAUUUAUGGAAUAUAACUUAUUGUAUCUGUGAUAAUUAUCAUAGAGUUAAACAUGUUGAUUUAAGUGCUUUGUUGCCAAUUUUUUUUUGCUAUUGGCGAUGUGGUAAUUUAGCUCUACUAUGGCGUAGUGGUUGAAAUGAUUUGGCCAUCACAUAACCAGUACAUAGGGAUGAUACGUUAUAUGGGGAAUAACUGGAAUUACGUCCACAUGCGCCAUUUAUUAAUCUCUUCGGUACAACCAAACAUUUUGCGAGCCUUCUUUAGUAACACUUUAAAGUGGGGAUCAAUAGUACGCGCGUGAUACAAGUGAGCAAAAACAAUAAACAGAAAAUUGUUUUCGGUUGAAUUCAUGCCAAGGUCAAACAAAAGUUAGUAAGAAGUACAAACUGCAAAUAUAAGGGGGUUCAACAUAAGCCACUGCAUUUCAGUCUCUGAUUCAUUACUGUGAUCAUUUAACCGUGCUUAAGUUCAGCUUAUCCUUACUAUAUGUAAAAAUGUAUUAUAAGGAAACAACACGACGAAAAAAAGGUUUUGAUAAAAGUGCUUCUUGGUAAAAAAUAAUUUUCAUGGGUAUGUCGAUCCCCCAAUCCCAAGUGUUUUCGGGUCCAAUUACCUACGUACACGUGGGCAACCCAGUAGGGGAUCUAUUGUUAAGAUAAUUUGCCGCUAAUUGGUCAGAAGAAGAGGGUGACAGAGGCCACUGAAACCGCGUGUAGAUUGCUCACACUGGCGCACGUCACUCGUGGUCCUAAUGUAGAUCAUGGACAUAAUAAGAUAUAUUUACUUAUACGUUUCAUUUUGUGCAACAUUUUAUCACGAAAACGUCCAAAAUUUAUCCAUUUUGUUGUUUUUAUAAUGGAAUUGCUUCAUUCCUUUCUUUAUCAUUGCUAGUACAUCUUUAUUUAAUAUCAUUGUAUCUUGCUUAAAUUUGCGAAACGUUUAAUGUCAGGAACCAAUUAUUUUUACAUAAAGAAUCCUAUAAAAAUUAAUAUGUAUACUUAGAAAUAUAUGCAUUUUUCUGCAAUUUAGGUCUUAGGGAAUUGUGUGUAAAUGAAUUUCCCACCUGCACGUGUACUCUUAUGUACAUGUACUUACUUUUUGCCAUUGUUAUUCUACAUUCCUUUUUAUCAUUUUAAGCAAAUAAAUAUAUU